AUGAUGAUCACACAUUUCAGCCACCACCAUCCUUUGAGUCCAUACCAAGUAGAACUAGAUCAUCAUGAUCAUCAUCAGAAACACGAUGAUCAGGACCAUGAUCAUGAUCAUGAUCACGAUGACCAAAUCACCAUCUGUUCAGGCUGUGAGCUAGAGCUGAUUUCAGGCUCAUCAGCCUACAAGUGCAACAAGCCCGGCUGCGAUUUUCGCCUCCACGAGCUGUGUUCUGAGUUGCCACGAGAGAGUCGGCACCCUUCUCACCCCCAACACCCUCUCACUCUCCUCUUCACCCCUCACUAUUCCUUCACUUGCAAGGCUUGCGCGGGCUCCGGCACUGCCUUCAUCUAUAGCUGCACCGCUUGCCGGUUUGACCUUCAUGUCUCGUGCAUCGCUUUGGCUGAAUCCGUGAGGCGGGUUGAUCACGAACACCCGCUCGAGCUCGUGUUUUCAUCGAAGGAAGAGGAGUGUUGUGGUAUUUGUGGUUGCAGUUUUGUGGAGGGUUGUUGGGCUUAUUUGUGUAGGGGAUGCGGUAGUUAUGGCACUCACCUAGAAUGUGCAACUUCUGAAGAAGAAGAAGAAAAAGAACUGUUGGUUGGCUCGGGCGAGAAUGAAGAGGAAAGAGGAAUCCCGGGAUCGCGAUAA